AUGAGGUGGGUUGCCAGUACUGUGAUGCGAGUGUGACUUAAUAUUAUUGCUAAAAAGCUUGAGUAGAAGUCCUUGAGACUGAGUUGCACUUGAGUGAAUGAGGAGUUUAGCCAGUAUUCGUUGUUUUUAAACAUUGUUUUUGCGCUAGUUAGAAGACAAAAUUACAUAAAGAUGACUGGACAGAAAAACUUGACACUAGAGGAAGUUCUUCCAGACUUCCCACCAGGUCCGUUACACGAAUACCGACAGAAAGCUUCUUUCAAUUGGAGAAAAAUGAAAGUACUGAUGGAAGGAGAAGAUAUGAUACGGGUUAAGUUUAAGGUUUGGAAAUCUUUAGAAGCAGACCCACUUUUUGCACACACACCAACGGAAGAGCUGUCACGAGAAAAGUAUCGUCAGUUGUGUUUUCGUCGAAUGAAACGUUUGCUAGAAUAUGAGUUCUACACACAGGAAGAGUUCCUACUAAAUCCUCAUCUAGCUCAUGCUGCCUUUCUUGCUGUUGGCAUGUAUGACUGGUCACUUGCAGUAAAAAAAUUCUUAGCAUUUGAGUUUUUUGGGGCAAGUUUACGAGGACAGGGUACGAAGAAGCAUCGCAGCCUGUUGGAUGAUCUUGAAAAGUUUAAGAUCAGUGGCUGUUUUGCUCUAACCGAGUUAAGUCAUGGUUCCAACACCAGAGGAAUGAGAACAACAGCCACAUAUAAUCCAAAAACUCAAGAAUUUGUUCUCAACACAUCAGAUGUCGAAGCUACAAAAGUUUGGGUUGGGAAUCUCGGUCAGACGGCAACGCAUGCUACUGUUUUUGCACAACUUUAUACGCCAGAUGGUACGUGUCAUGGUCUACAUGCUUUCCUGGUACCCAUACGGGAUCCUAAUACUCUUUUACCUUUACCUGGAAUCACUGUUGGAGAUCUAGGUCCAAAAUUAGGACUAAAUGGACUUGAUAAUGGAUUUGUGUCAUUUCAAAAGUAUCGUAUCCCAAGAGAGAAUCUUCUAAAUCGCAUGGGUGAUGUCACUCCGGAUGGGAAAUAUGUUUCACCAUUCAAGUCGGAACAAGGAGCCGAAAUCCAUGCUUUAUCUUGUGCAUCCAAACCAUUGGCAGGAUGGAUUGCUCGAGAUGCUAUCCAAGAGUGUCGGGAAGCUUGCGGAGGACAUGGCUAUCUAGCAGCUGCCGGGUUUGGUGGUCCAAGAAACGAUAACGAUGCCAACUGUACGUAUGAAGGUGACAACAAUGUUUUACUUCAACAAACAAGUAACUACCUGCUUGGAAUUUUACAGCGAAGGAAUGGAGGUAAUGGAUCCACCUCUCCAUUUGGAAGUGCUAACUUUAUUAAUGAGAUGGACAUCACUCUGCAACAGAAGCUUGUGGUUUCCUCCGUAGAAGACAUGCUGAAUGUAGAAGUUCUCUUAGGAGCGUACCGUUGGCUCUGUUGUUAUCUGUUACGAGGCAGCGCUAACAAGGUGAAAGCGGAACUAGCUUCAGGAAAAGACAGUUUCACGGCUCGUAAUGAUAGUCAAGUGUACUUUUGUAGAAGUCUUGCACUUGCAUACAUUGAGCAUACAAUUUUGGAGCGAUUCUACAAGUUCAUCAAAAAUGCCAGUGUAGAAAAUUCCUUGUUGUCUGCACUGUACAAAUUAUGUUUGUUGUAUGGCUUGUGGAGUUUAGAGAAACAUCUGGCUACAUUGUACGAAGGGGGAUAUGCUGUUGGACCAAACCCUGCAGUGUUUGUAAGAGAAGGUGUGCUGAAACUGUGUGGACAGUUGAAAGAUGAUGCUGUAACCUUGGCAGAUGUCAUUGCCCUUCCAGACUUCAUCUUAAAUUCGUCUCUGGGGAAGAGUGACGGCAAGAUCUAUGAGAACCUUUACAGUUCCAUUGUCCAAACACCUGGUGCUUUACAUAGAGUUCCGUGGUGGAGGGAGUUUACCGAAAAACCUAAUGUCCAUUCCAUCAAGCCACGACUUUAGUGUGAAGAAGCACAUUAGGCUUACUGUUAAUAGUAAAUUGCUAUUAUCAGUAGAGGGGGUCUUAUGAAUAAAACAAUCAUAUAUUUA